UCUCGUCGUCCUCCACAUCCAAACUCAAUCGAGCGCCAAGCAAAAGCAGACAGCAUCCUAACUACCUACGAUCCGAUACUGAAUCUCCCCUCGGGUACAAAAUCCAAAGCAACACCAAGGAUGUCGAUCGUGAGGCGUAGCAACGUGUUCGACCCCUUCGCCGACCUCUGGGCUGACCCCUUCGACACCUUCCGCUCCAUCGUCCCGGCGAUCUCAGGCGGCAACAGUGAGACAGCUGCGUUCGCCAACGCCCGGAUGGACUGGAAGGAGACUCCCGAGGCGCACGUCUUCAAGGCCGACCUUCCCGGCGUGAAGAAGGAGGAGGUCAAGGUGGAGGUGGAGGACGGCAACGUGCUGGUCGUCAGCGGCGAGCGCACUAAGGAGAAGGAGGACAAGAAUGAUAAGUGGCACCGUGUGGAGCGCAGCAGCGGCAAGUUUGUGAGGCGCUUCCGCCUGCCGGAGGACGCCAAGGUGGAGGAGGUGAAGGCCGGCCUGGAGAACGGCGUGCUCACCGUCACCGUGCCCAAGGCCGAGGUCAAGAAGCCCGAGGUGAAGGCCAUCGAGAUCUCCGGCUGAGUAUUGGGGUAAGAGGUCUCCAGUUUGGUUGAUGUGUGUGUGAGCUCUGCAGCCUAAAUACAGUUGUGUCUUUCUUCUUGUCGAGUCUGGUUGAGACAUGUCUGUAUCGCGUUUUUUUUCCUCGGUCCUUUGUGUACUUGUGUAAUCGCAAUGAAUAAAUAAGAUAUAAACCGUUAUGAA